CCCAGCGGCGAGCGGGAACGAGGUCUGGCGCCAUGCCCAGCCACUCUGAACCCUAGGCCACACCUGGGCCAUCAGAGCAGCCCCUGCUCACGUCGGGGGCACCCCCUCCCCACUGCCCACUGCCCACCAUGGCCGGGGACCGGCUCCCCAGGAAGGUGAUGGAUGCCAGGAAGCUGGCCAGCCUGCUGCGGGGCGGGCCCGGGGGGCCCCUGGUCAUCGACAGCCGCCCCUUCGUGGAGUACAGCCGCUGGCACGUGCUCCGCUCCGUCAACAUCUGCUGCUCCAAGCUGCUCAAGCGCCGGCUGCAGCAGGGCAAAGUGACCAUCGCCGAGCUCAUCCAGCCCGCGGUGCACGGCCAGGUGGAAGCUGAGGAACCACAGGACGUCGUCGUCUAUGACCAGAGCACACGGGACGCCAGCGUGCUGGCCGCAGACAGCUUCCUCUCCAUCCUGCUCAGCAAGCUGGACGGCUGCUUCCACAGCGUGGCCAUCCUCACAGGGGGCUUUGCCACCUUCUCCUCCAGCUUCCCCGGCCUCUGCGAGGGCAAGCCUGCUGCCCUGCUGCCUGUGAGCCUGUCCCAGCCCUGCCUGCCGGUGCCCAGCGUGGGCCUCACCCGCAUCCUGCCUCACCUCUACCUGGGCUCUCAGAAGGACGUCCUGAACAAGGAUCUGAUGACCCAAAACGGAAUAAGCUAUGUCCUCAAUGCCAGCAACUCCUGCCCCAAGCCGGACUUCAUCUGCGAAAGCCGUUUUAUGCGAAUCCCCAUCAACGACAACUACUGUGAAAAGCUGCUGCCCUGGCUGGACAAGUCCAUCGAGUUCAUCGAUAAAGCCAAGCUGUCUAGCUGCCAAGUCAUUGUCCACUGUCUGGCUGGCAUCUCCCGCUCUGCCACAAUCGCCAUUGCCUACAUCAUGAAGACCAUGGGCAUGUCCUCCGACGACGCCUACAGGUUUGUGAAGGACCGGCGCCCGUCCAUUUCGCCCAACUUCAACUUCCUGGGCCAGCUGCUGGAGUAUGAGCGGAGCCUGAAGCUGCUGGCCACCCUGCAGGGCGGGGGGGCACCCCUCCCAGGCGUGGGGACUCCUGAGCACCUCCCAGGCCCUGCGGCCCCCCUGCUGCCACUGCCUCCACCUACCUCAGAGAGCGCAGCCCGGGAAGGCGCCCCGAGCGCGGGCAGGGAGCCCCCCUCGCCCGCCGCAGCCCCGGCCACCAGCGCGCUGCAGCAGGGCCUGCGGGGCCUGCACCUGUCCUCCGACCGCGUCCAGGACACCAACCGCCUGAAGCGCUCCUUCUCGCUGGACAUCAAGUCAGCCUAUGCCCCCAGCCAGCGGCCCGACGACCCUGGGGCCCCGGAUCCCGGUGAGGCCCCCAAGCUCUGCAAACUGGACAGCCCGUCCGGGAGCUCACUGGGCCUGCCCUCGCCCAGUCCCGACAGCCCAGAUGCGGCCCCCGAGACGCGCCCCCGGCCUCGCAGGCGGCCCCGGCCUCCAGCGGGCUCCCCGGCGCGCUCUCCCGCGCACGGCCUCAGCCUGAACUUCGGGGACGCUGCCCGACAGACUCCACGGCACGGCCUCUCUGCCCUGUCAGCACCCGGGCUGCCUGGCCCAGGCCAGCCAGCCAGCCCUGGGGGCUGGGCGUCGCCCCUUGACUCCCCGGGCACCCCAUCCCCGGAUGGGCUCUGGUGCUUCAGCCCCGAGGGCGCGCAGGGCGUGCAGUUUGCACCCCUCAGCCUGGCGUGUACACAGGGCACAGGUGGCGACCCGCGGCGACGGGAGGCAGUGAGGGCCGAGUCCAGGGAGGCGCGGAUCAGCUGGCCCGAGGAGCCGGUCCCAGAGGCGCAGUUUAAGCGUCGAAGCUGCCAGAUGGAGUUCGAGGAGGGCAUGGUGGAGGGGCGCGCCCAUGGCGAGGAGCUGGCUGCCCUGGGCAAGCAGGCCAGCUUCUCGGGGAGCGUGGAGGUCAUCGAGGUGUCCUGACAGCGGCCAGGACCGGCCCCUCCGUGGGGACUCAGUGCCCCUGAGCCCUCCGCUGCCCUCGGCUGGGCCACCAGCAGCCGGGCCCACUAUAAAGAUAUAUUAUAUAUAAUGCAAAGAGAGGUAAAUGGUUUUACUGCGGUUUUUAUCAAGAAGUAAAUAUUUCGAUUUUUUUAUUUAUUGAAGCUGUUCAUCCUGGCAAUGACCGGGCAGCAGGGAGGGUGGUCCUCCGAGCUCUCUUUUUAGUCUGCUGUUUAAACUGAGACACAUUUCUAAGCAAUAUGAGGCCACCUUCGGUCACAAGCUGGGUGCCGGCCGGGUCCCCUCCCCGCCAGCCCCGCCGAGGAAACACUGCUGAGCACCGCAGAGGCUGCCGAGCUUUCGUGCACUUUUUACUUAAGAAAAAGGGGAAAAAAGAAAAAAAAAAAAACUUUGCCACAA